UAUAUCCGAGUGGCAGCGGCUUAUACACAGAAAAUGAGAGGAGAUCAGCCUUGUCAUGCAGCUGUAAGGUCUUUACACAGGCGAUAAAAAGUGAUUAGGAUUAUUAAAUUAUUCUGAUAGUCAGUCUUCAGUCAUGAAAAGUGUUAGUUAAUUAAUGAGGAACAACGGUUGUUCUGUUAUAAAGAAGGAAGACGCAGGAGGUGAUGGAGGAACCGUCACGAAAUUAGACCAAAAAGAAACGAACAUGAGGAUUUGAAAUGAGAGGACCAAGAAAAUGGUUUUCAGGUUUUAUGGAAUUUAAAUAGGCUAACUUUUUUCUACGAUGCAGAAGAGAUGGAUACGCCGGAAGUUGCCUGUCUUGAUUUUCACCUUCUUCAUCAUUCUCUACGUGGAUUUUCAAUUACGCACCAGCAGCCUGCCCAGACUCAGUGCGGCUCACUAUCCGUCUCCCGGUGCGCUUCACCGCUCCAUCCAGCAGGCUCCAUCCCCGGCCAAGGACGCACAGAACCCGGCGGGCAACAGCAGCAGCAGCAGCGGGGACAGAGGACACCCGGCCUCUGAUGAUGGUACAGGUGCACAUGUCACGCAGCCGAAACUGAAGCUGGAGGACAUCUUCGUCGCUGUGAAGACCACCGGGAGGUUCCACAAGACGCGUCUUACUCUGCUUUUGGAGACGUGGAUCUCCAGAACCAAGGCGCAUACUUUCAUUUUCACAGACACGGAGGAUGAGGAUUUACGUUCGGAAGGUUAUAACAUGGUGGUCACAGGCUGCCAGUCAGAUCACAGCCAGCAGGCUCUGUCCUGCAAGAUGUCUGCCGAGUACGACGGCUUCAUGGCCUCUGACAAGAGGUGGUUUUGUCAUGUGGACGAUGAUAACUACAUGAACCCAGAGGCUCUCCUCUCUCUGCUCUCGGCCUUUCCCCAGGACGGCGACAUCUACGUGGGCAAACCGAGCCUGGACAAACCCAUCACUGCACAUGAACUGCUGGAGGGCAACGCGACGAGGGAAGUGCGGUUCUGGUUCGCUACAGGAGGAGCAGGAUUCUGUCUGAGUCGGCGGCUGGCAGAGAAGAUGGCUCCAUGGGCCAGCGGCUCGCGGUUUGAGCAGACGUCUGCGACGAUCCGUCUCCCUGACGACUGUACAGUGGGCUUCAUUGUGGAGAAGAGGCUGGGUAUCUCCAUGGUUCACUGUCCUUUAUUCCACUCCCACCUGGAAAACUUGCUGCUCAUCAGCCACAGAAGCAUCCCACACCAGGUGACUCUGAGCUACGGGAUGUUUGAGAACAAGAUGAACAGCAUUGAGGUGAAAGGAAGCUUCUCUAAGGAGGAAGACCCUUCCAGGUUUAAGACUGUCCACUGCAUUCUGUACCCUUUCACCAGCUGGUGUCCUUGAACUUUUCAUGGAAAACAACAACUUUUAAAAACAAAUCAGACAAGACUGGUGAUCCCGCUGGAUGAAGUGCUUUUCCUGGAUACUUUCUAAAUGCAGAGGAAACUGAUGGAUUUAAUUUGAUGGCACAAUCUGAGAUGCAGACACCAGAACUGGAGACUCAGAAAGGAGAAACCUCGGACAGCAGAGGACUCAACAAUAAAAGCCUGCUUUCUUUGUACCUGCUUCUUAGAGAGAUCAGACUGACAGUCAUGGACUCAGAAAAUACAAUAUUAAUAGAACCUUGACUAUGAGCUGAGACGGGUUUUCUCUUCUUCACCUGUGUGUCACAAACAGACAGUUACAUGAAGAAAAUGGUGACUCUUCGCAUCUUUACUACUGAAUAUUUUUGGUCUGUUUGGAGGAUUUUAUCUGUGAGAGUGAAGCACUUAAAACAAGACAGCACUUGUUUUUCUGACAUAAAGAAACAUGAAAUUGUACAUUUUUAUUAAAUUUAGACAAAUUUAUUGAUUAAAUUUAGAUUUAUAUUUUGUUUGGUGUAUUAUUUCUUCAACACUGCCGAAAUCUUAAAGCUGAUGAUGCUUUAAACGGCACACAGUCUGCACUGACAGGCCUGGAUUACCUUCAGGUGGUGCAGAGGUUGAAGUUGCUGAUUUUAUUUUAGUUUUUAUUGAUUUACUGUGUGUGGCCUUGAGUGUAUGUGUGUGUGUUGUUGUUAUGAAGGGGAAGGUGUCCUUGUGGCCAUGAAGUCUGCACACAAUGAACCAUUCUGACCCACAUCUCCCUCCUUAUCCAAACCUGUCUUCCCCCCCUCCCUCCCUUUUCUCACUUCCUCCCCUCUUUCCUCCACCCCUCCAUCUGUCUCUGUGUUUACUCAGUCUUGUUCACAAUCACUGUGUCGGCUCCACCAAGGCCAUGGCGAAAAAGUAAAAUGAACUUACACUCAUCUCUUUUGCCUCAGUUGCAUUCAUGUCUCACGUCAAAUGUAAGACACAACAACAGAUCAUUGAAAGCGUGAAGACGAUCCCAGCUGACACACCUGAAACCUGCUCCCCACCAUGCCAACCUUGGCAGAGCCAGUGCUGUAUUUUAUCAACAGUGUCUGAAUUGACAUCAGGGAGCCUGCUCCUAACCAUGGCGAGAAAAAGUAGCUCACAUUUGCAGGCAAAAUCUCAUUGAGCUGGACAGAUCAGGUUCAGGCCAAGAAUACAAAUCUCACAAUGAAAUACUCAGAAUCAAAUGAUAGCGUGUGAAUAGGAGGCACAGGCCGUGUGCUGGGGAGAUGACACUGCGCUGCCGACGGUCCGCAGGUAGCUUGUUUGCCGUGCAUGGAGAUGUGAUGAAUACAGAUACGCUGCUGAAUGAUUCUGGGGCUGACCUUGUGUGAAGUGGAUGGAAAGUGGUUGAGAAUGUGCAGGAAUGACUUAAUGUGGCCCUGACACAUCUCCGCGAGAAUACUGAGACCCACAUCAUGGAAAGUAAAUAACACGGCUGCUUGAAUGCGAGCCAGCGGUCCACUGAGAUGUAAAAUCAAUUUACCACAGUGGUUACAGAAUUUUUUUUUAAAGUUCAUACUUUUCAAUGUGGAAAGUAAGAUGAUAAACAGUAUUUAAAAGAUAUGUGACCAAAGGAGAUCUGUUUCACUAAUGUUGUACAUUCUGUGUGGCAGUGCUUUUAAUGAAGUGAAUGUACAGCCCCAGUGUCAUGGAAUAAUACCCCAAAAUGAUAUAAAAAGACUUGAAAAUAAAAGUGUACAAAAUGU